UUUGAAGGUGGGCAGAAUCUAGCAGAGGACAGCAAUGAAACCACCCAGCAUUGACAUGUCAUCAGCCACUAGCAGCAACAGCAACAACAUCAGCAACACAACGAACAGAUCAUCUUCGGCCGCUUCCUCACCGACGAUAGUGACACCUAAUUCUAUUGUAAAUAGUAGCAGUAACGUAUGCAGCGGCAUAAGUGGAACGGGCCCUGGCGUGGGAGGAGUUCCUGGGUCAAGUAGCAGCAGUAGCAGUACGACAACUCCGACACAUACCGUCAAUGGUGGACCGGGAGCUGUACCAGCUACCAACAGUAGCAGCAGUGCGGGAAACAGUCCAAGCUGCUUCAUCAAGCCAUCGCUUUCACUAAAUUCGCUACCACCGCAGGGACCUCCAGAGGGAUCAGAGAUGGCUCAACACAGGCUUCGCAUCGAUAGGCCUUAUAACAGCUUAAAAAAAAAACGCGACACAGAGCGAGAACUGUGGCGAAGAUCAUGGGGCAGUGGGCACAGUCAUAGCUCGUGCAGUUUGCAGAGCAGCACCACAAACACCGGGCUCGGCAAGGACGAUUUCUGGGCGGCCUUGCAAACGAACUACAACUUCAUCAUGGACACCAACCUGCUCGACAGCUGUCGGGAGGCACGCGGCGAGAUCGAGGGCCCCGUCUUUCGGGAUGACCUCGAGGAUGAUGUCAACUGUUGCCGGAAGGCACUGUUUAAACCAGCACAAACGCACCGCUUUUACGGCGAUCCGCGCUUGUUGCGACAAUGGAUCAAAGAGAUGGAGAACCGAGUAGCCAGAGUACCGUCGGUUACGGAAACCAAGAGACUGAGCAUCGAGCAGCUGCAGAAGCUGGCAGUAGAGCAUGGGGAAAUUUAUCGCGAAAUCAAAUCCAACUCCCGGGCAGUAGCAGCUUGCAUUCGGAGCUACGAACGUGACCGAAAGUCCGCAUCCGGCAAGGGAUCCCUCACGCCGGAAGUCGAAGCUGCAUCAUCGCUCGGUAGCAGCAACACCACCAGUGGCCAUAAUAGUAGUAAUAGUAACGUAGCACCAACCGCCGAAGGCAAGGGCAAGGAGAACGGAGGUGGUGGAGUAAAGGGAUUAGAGCGACGGUAUCAUCUACUAUAUCUGAAAGCUUUUGAGAUACAGUGCCUUUUGGAGGGAUUAUUGGAUAGCAAGACUUCGAGCUCGGAUAAUAACGCCAGCUUGUCAGAUACGGAUGAAGAGCCAGCUAACAAGCUAGCACGCGUUAGCAGCUCCAGCAUCAAAUCUCAGGGUUCUAAUCACAUCGAGACAUUGAAUAAUGAAGAAUGGGUUAAGGUAAAGAAGCUUUCAAACGCUGGUUUCGAUGCCGAUUCAGAAGGCAGCGAUAGUGAAAUUGUGCCGAAAAUUAUUGCCUACAGUGGAGCGGGCAACGCCUACAACAAUAGUAGUGGAAGCAGCAGCCAGAAGCACGACAUCGAAUAUCACCCGGGACCGGGUUGCAGUAGCAUUAGUAGCAGCGCACUAGCAUCAACAUUCUCACCUAGCUCGGGUAAUCUUAUGAUGGAAGCAGACAUUAACAACCUCUCGACGACCACGACACUUUCCGAUGCCACGACACUGACCACGACCAGCUCGAAAGUAGCCGAAUCCAACGCCAUCAACACAGCAACCGUGCUCAAGGAGAACAUCCUGAACAACAACAACACCACGAUCGAAAGCGAUAAAUCAAUCAUCGGGUGCGAUUUGGUGGACGGAGCAGCUCUACUGAGCAGCACUCUCGACACGGUCAACAAUAAUGCGAUCGUAAAUGGAACGGUUAAGGAGCACAACACUACGCAGGACCGCCACGUCGGUAAAGGAGAAUCGCUACGCAAUGUAAAAGCAUCCUCACCGAUCGGAUCGUCUGGCAAGCAGAAACGUUCCAAGGUAAGCGAUUCGUCCAAGUUUAACCGGUCGAACCGCAAGUCGAAGAAUUGUGCCACGUUUUACUUCAAACAUCGGGACACGGACUCAGAACUGAAUAAGGAUUCAAGCGAGCGUACCAAGUCGGAUGAAUCUUCACCCGGGACGUCCUCACCUUCCGCUUCCUCGUCCGAAGGAGACGACGAAUGGGUGUACAACAACGGUGAGGAGGAAGAGGAGGACGGUGAUGAACUGCUAACGGCAAGAAAGCGUGCAGAGGAAGUGCGAGACGCUGGUGAAGAGGAGAAGGAAAACAAACCGGACGCACAAGAGGAGCUUGGAGUGCCGGGUACCUUAAAGAUGACGGCGGGCCGGGAACCGAAAUCAAAGAAGUGUUUGGACUUUACGCGGGAUGCGACGCAAAAUGGCGGCGUUUCGACGCCAAACGGACGGAACGGCGGUCGCUCAUUGAUGAUGACGUCGAUUGGGAGUUUUGGCAAAAGUACGGACAGUGUCAACAGUGCCAAGAGAUCAAAGCCACCGCAGUAUGCAACCAGCUCGAUUCAAAGGUUAGUGCUGCAUGCCGAAACGUUGGUGCGUGACGAAAUUUUCGCCAAAAACGCUGCCGCCGCUGCUGCUGCAGCUGGUGCCGGCAGUACACCGAAAACGGUGGUGAAAAAUCCUCACUACUAUCAUCACCAUCAUCACCAUCAUCAUCACAAUUACAACAGUGCAAACAAUAGCAACAGCAGUAACAAUAGCAGCAGCAGCCAUCAUCAUCAGCAGCAGCAGCAUUUAUCGUUGCCAACGGUAGCGUUGCCGUUGGGUGGCGUUGCGAGCAUUGUUGCAUCGCACGAACCACAGACGCGACACGGUGCUACGGCACACAGUCAGCAUCAUCACCAUCAUCACCAUCACGGUCACGGUCGAAAGGCGGAGAAAGCCAUGAGCAAUCUGAAGAUGAAUUUGAUCGAGGAAUGGCUUGAGAAGCAACCGUUGGAUGCACCGGUGACGGCUCCGCUGCUUCCGACCUCCGCCCCAACGACCGACUGUGAAGCGUCCGGCGAGUACACCGAUUCGGAUUCGAUUGCACGCGACACGGAUAGCUCGGAAGGGUUGGCUAACUCCGUUGCCACCUGCCUGCAGGGUGAACAGACCCAAACUUCCCAAGAGCUGCUGAACGAUGGCACAUCCUAUCCGUCGGAAAACUCAAACGACGUUUCAAACGACGACGAGGGCGUUGCGACCGAUUCGAAAGGAGGAAGCUCUGCCGCCAUUGCGAUCACCACCACCACCAUCGGAGUACCAGGAGUAACGGCUGCAUGCUCGAGCCCUUCGCUACCGAUCACGGGCAGCACGUCGACGACGCUGGUGAAGCGUAGACCGCACCGUUCAGCUACCGACCGGCCGUGGUCGGUGUCGUGCAUGUCACAGCUGAAUUCGUCCGGUGUGGAAAUUAAUCAAUACGGUGUCGGUGGUGGAACUACCACCGACAGUGGUGGUAGCGGUGGUGGUGCAACGGAUCAGAAGAGUGGUGAGGAUGGUGGUGACGGCGCUACCGGCAACGGUAGCAACCACCGACCGCUGACGGAUCAUCGCAACUUUUCGAUCAGCGAAUCGGCACUGAACACGAUGUCCCGUGGCAGUGGUUCGUCGAUGGUUGGAUCGCGCGCCAGCAUGAAACCGACCUCCAGUCAGCAAACCGUCGUGCGCAACUCCGAAAGCAAGGGUUCGCUCAAGAAGCGCAAACUGCGUCCGCGUCGUAAGAAUCGUAUUGAUGAAUCCGGCUCGGAUGAAUCGCAACCACCGCAGCACAGCUCUUCAACGCUUCAUCUGCUCCAGCAAUCCCUUCUCCUACAGUACAACGCACUUACCGGCGGCAGUGGACAACCGUUGCGUGAAAUUCAACUUUCCGGCACGGGAGGAAGCAACAGUAGUGUGGCGGGCGUUGCAAUCACUACCGCCAGCUCCACCCGACGGUUGCUAAAGUCGGAAUCAUUUUCCGGCCGGUUGCGUCUAUCGGACGAUCUGCUUACCCUAUCUUCACUGUCCGGUUCUUCGUCGCGGAAAUCCUCCUCGGUGCGACACACGACGGCGACGGCCGCCGCCCGAUCGACGAAACGUUCGCAAGACAGCGAGGAAGAGUUUGGCUGUUCGAUGGCAAAGCCCGAGUUCCGGAUCGGUUCACUGACGCGCACUCGGUGCGGUAGUCUCAAUCUAGGAUCAUUAGCGGCACUCGCUAAUUAUAAUCUAGAUGGUGUAGAGAAAACGGAAACCGAUCUGAAUGGAACUGGCACCGGAACGGAAGAGAUGAGCAGCUUCUCGGAACAGGCGUGGGACAAUUAUCAGGAAAAGUACAUGUCCGAACCGUACUCGGAAGAUCGGGAUACGGAUGCGGCCCGGCGGCUGCUUGACUUCGGGGAUGAUUAUCGGAACUUUAUCGACUCGCAGUCGGACUGUGCAUCGUCGUCGCUGUCAGCGGCGAACAUGGAUUCGCUUUCGCCGCCACGGUUCCGGUUGAAGUCAGAAUCGGCAAACAAGUCGGACGCGAAUACUACCAAUUCGCUUAAUCGCCGAAAGCGAUUGGACGAGUACCGCAUGGAUGAUCGAUAUGGCAACAACAUGAACUCCUGGUCAAGCAAAUCCGGCAGCCCACCGCAAUCGACGACCAACGUGAGCGGACGAAAGCACGGAUCACUCUCAUUCCUCGAAGCAACUCCACUGGCAACGAUGGCCGAAUCGAGCGUACCCAUCGGACUGAACGCUGUAUCAACGCCCGGAGGACCUCGCCGACGAUCGUUGCGUUCGGUGGACAAGCACAACUCGUCGGCCGCAUUUGUACGCUCGCUGUCGCACGAAACGAGCAGCAGCUCAAACAACGAGUUCGACGAGGACAUGGAGGCGGAGGUGAAGAAGCUGCUGAUCCAGAGCAAGAUCCGAUUCGCGAACACGGAAGCGUUGAAGGCCAAGUGUCAUCUGCUGAAGCCGGACGACUACAGCGAAAUCAUCACCACCUGCCGGGAGAAUGUCCGCUGCCUGGAGUCGGUAUUGCGCUGCCAGCCGGGCACGGUGCUAACCGCUGCCAAGUGCCAAGAUUUACGAGAUACAAUCGUCUGCUGGGAGGGACUUCUAAACUGGAGCGAACGACGCGUCAUCAGCAAUCAGUUCCUGGACGAUAUCCGCACGCUGAAGGAUGUCCUGGAAGAGCUGGGCAGCAAGACGUUCAACAUUUGCUCCGAGUCGCACAUCCAGCUGGCGAUCGAUCAACUGAAGAAUGAGCACAAAGUUCUGCAGAACCAACGGCCAAAGAUGCUCACGCUGAACGCAACCGUACACAACUGGGUGUCGAAUCAGGAGCAGCAGCGCAAGGAACUGCUGGACCCGUCCGUCGACGCACGGUUGGAGCAGCUGGAACGGGACAAGAACUUUGAACGCUGCAUUGGUGGGCACUGUGGCGAAUGCUACGACUGUCUGAACGAUAUCCGUCUGGAUACGUCGGUCAAUCGCGAGCUGAAGUAUGGUAUUACCACCCUGUACAGUACAUGGGAUGAAGCCGAAGUGCGACUAAGAAACCGUAUCGAAAAUCUAACCACCUCCAUGAUGACCUGGAAGCAGCUGGAGGAUGGGCUGAGCGAUUUUCGCAACAUUCUGGAUCGGGACCGUGGUAAACUUCAAGGCAUUGAAGGCGCCCUCCAGAGUGGCGGCGGUACUACCGAGGAGAUCGCCAACAGUGUGAAGGAGGUGGUGAAAGCACUCUCGGAGAAGGUGGAUCCGCUUUUUCAGGAGCAACAGGUCGAAUCCGGUCAAUUUCAGCAGCAGCAAGAGAAUCUUCAGCUGUUGGCUCCGGUACUGCCGGCAAGUGUUAAACUCUCGUCGAACGGUUCUCUGUCUGAUAGUGGCAUUUCCGACGGUGGUGGCAUGUCUGAUGGCAGCCUAUCGGAGCGUGAACGGCGAUUAAACGCACUCAAGCGGCUUGUGAAGCAGCUGGAGGUAGCGCUCGCGCCUGGAAGUGAUGCAAUGCAGACGAUCACGAAACGGCUCGAAAUGGCGGAACAUGAUCUGCGGUCACUGCAGAGCACGUGCCGCAAGAUCAUCAUGAACGAGAAGAACCACCAGGAACAGCAGCAGCAGUUACAGCAGCAACAGCAGCAGGUGAUGAAGGAUCGAGCGUCUUCCGGACGGGACGCUGCCGAUGGAAACAACAAUAUUAGUGUGGCGGUGAAAAACAAGAACAAAAAAUCACCAUCACGCAAAAAGAAUCGUAAUGGCGGACAUAGUCGCAGCCAGUCGAACACUUCCGCGGAGGCAACCGAAAACGAAGACGACGAGCAGGCACUGCUGCAGCACCACCAGCUUACCCAGGACGAGCUGCAGCGCGAACAUCUACUGGCAAUGCAGAAAUCCGCCCAGCUGGGCAUUGUGCAGACGACCAAGAUGAAGCUAUCGCAAAACCGUUGGGUAUGGCGCAUCACCAAGAUUGCCGUACCGGUGCAGCUUGCCCUGGUGCUGGUGAUGUGUGCCGCCUGCUUCUUCGAACCACACUGCUGCGAUGCGCUCAACACCUAUUCGAUGAGCUUUACACCUCAGCUGCGCUACAUGAAGGGACCACCACCGAUUUAAG